UUUAACCUCAUCAACCCUGUAUCACAACAUUCCUUACUCUUAGAAGACAAGUUUCUCAGAGAGAGCCAGAAUGACUACGCUGUCAUUCCCUAAUAGGGUGGAAAAUGUUAGAUCAUUUGCAUGGACAAAUGCUUUUCUUACCAUUAUUAUGACUUGUUGAGUCAUGGCUGCACUGUUCUUAUUGAAUCAAAACACGUUUUAGCAUUGUUGUUUUACACACUUAAUAGUUUUUAGAAGUAGCCGAUUUUAUUUUCACUCAAUGAAAUAUUCAGAUACUCUCUUGACCCCGUUUCUGAUCAAAUCUAGUUUGGAGGUCAUUAAUUAGCCAUGCCUCUCUAUUCUGCACACACAUAAACGAAGCGUUGUCAAAAACUACCACUAGAGAGCGACCUGGUCGCGUGCAGAAUAGAGUACAGUCACCUGAAGCACAAAAACUAGAUAUGAUGUUAAACAACUCAUAAAAGCCUUAAGAGUUUAUUUUUUAUUUAAUUUGCAUUAUCGAAAUUUGACACGUACUUUCUACAUAAACGCUCUCUGGUUUAUUAUUUCGGGUUUAAACUGUAAAUAAUACAAAAUAUGAAACAGUUAGUUUCAUGGUCAAGACAACCUCACACUGCGCGCCGCCUGCUGUGUUGUAGUUUGCGCGUGCACUCUAGACGCAACAGACGGACUACAGGGUGCGCGCGCUGUGGUCCGGUUCAGUUCAGUUCACACAUAAAUUCCAAACUGAGAAAAGGAGCACAGCAUUUGGAAAGUGUGUCACGAAGUGUUAUAAAUGAAACAUUUCUAAUGGAUAGUUCUGUAAUUUUAUUAAAGUGUUUUGAUUUGACCAGCGAAUUAUAGGCUACUUUUCAUGCGUCACGUACUUAACGAAAAAUUAGACGCGAAUAGACGUCGUGAAAACUUGCGUCCUCGGCGUCUUCCUAAUUAUAACACGAGCUCGCGGUCAGUGACUGUAUCUCGUGGUCAAGGGCGCGCACUAUGCGGACACAUCCUCGCGCCCAGACUGGCCUCUGACAACUUCCCUGUGUCCACCGGAGGAACAGAGAAACCAACGAAACUUCAGCUUUCCAGCCCGCAAAGGUUCUUGAGCAAUGCCUGUCCCUCCUCCUCCUCCUCCACCUCCACCUCCCCCAGCACCACCACCCCCACCUCCACCUUCAGCAGCUCCUGCACAAUCACGGACAGACCCCCCUAAAAUCCAGCGUUCUGAGGGUGGAGGUCGCAAUGCUCUCCUGUCUGACAUUCAGAAAGGGACAAGGCUGAAAAAGGUCACACAGGUCAAUGACAGAAGCAAACCAAUCCUUGACAAACCUAAAGGGAAUAGUGUGGAUGACAGUGGAAGAAAUGUGGCUGCUGGAAACACAGCAGGAUCUGCUCCAUCUGCAGUGGGUCCAAGUCUGAGUGGACUGUUUGCCGGGGGUUUUCCUGUACUCAAACCAUCCGGACAAAGAGACCAACAGCCACAUCACAACCCAGUGUCUCGUUCCGGCUCUACCGCAAGCCUGAAGCAGCCUCUCUGGAACCCUCCAUCACAGGGAGAUGGGUUCAGAGGAAGCGCCCCUGAUCUUUCCCCCUCCCACAAACCUUUGGAAAGAGCCUUCUCACUGCCUAAAACUCAGCCUAUUUCCUCAUACACAGCCCCUCCCUCCCCAAGCCAAACUACACAUCCUUCUUUCAAACUGUCCUCCACUCCUCUUUCCUCUGCCCCUCCACCUCCUCCUCCUCCUCCUCAGGAGCGGCCCAGUAAUAGACCACCUCCUCUCCCCACCUGCAUGCCCCCACCCCCUCCUCCUCAAUCAGCAAAACCCACUUGGUUACCUGUCCAAUCACACUCCAUUCCCAUGCCUAUGACUCCGCCUCCUCCAUUGCCUCCCUCAGUUCCUCCGUCCUCACUUCCUGACAGAUCAUCUGGGGUCUUUUACCCUCCGCCCCCUCCACCGCCUCCAUCAGUCCCUCCAUCCUCACUCCCUGACAGGUCAUCUGGAGUUUUCUUCCCUCCGCCCCCUUCUCCAGGCCCAUUAGAAAUUAAGGACAGUCCUUUAGGGCCUCCUCCUCCACCUCCUCCUCUUCCUGCUUCCUUUGCAUGCAGUCAUCCCUCCUCAGGACCUCCUCCGCUACCUCAGAAAGUACCUCCCGUGCCUUCACCCACAUACAAGCCCAGUGUACCACCUUUGCCACCUCCAUCCUCCUCCGCCCCCAGCAGACGACCCCCUGCAGUGCCACGUUUUGCAGGUCCUCCACGGAUGGCUCCACCCCCUGUUCCCCCUCCUCGAUCUCCUAAUACUGAACUCUCCAGUAGGAUCCCACCCCCUCCUCCUCUCCCACUGUCAGCUCCGCCCAGCUCAGUACGCAACGGACACCUGCAAAGCUUAGAUGACUUUGAAUCUAAGUUUCACUUCCAUCCAAUUGAGGACUUCCCCCCUCCUGAAGAGUUCAGGCCCUUCCCACGUACCUAUCCCAGCAAAGAGAACAGAGUCAACCCACAACCUCCUGCCACGAGGACUCAUUUAAGAUGAAAUGGGACAACAUGAAGUUUGGUGCUAACCUUUUGAAGGACAUCUUAAGCAUAAUGCUCAUCUUCAGUGAAGAACAGCAGCCAAAUCUGUUGGUCAAAUCAACUCACUCGAGCACCACUUUAUCAAUCUCACUAUCUGUGAAAACAUUCUAGUUUGAUGUAAAACUAAUGUUUUUUUUUUUUUGUAUGUUUGUUUGUUUUACCAUCCAUAUUUCAAGAACAAGUUUCCUCAUUACAGCUGCAGCCAUGUUAACACCCCUGAUUCUUAUCAAAAAAAAAAAUUUUUUUUUUACCUGUCUAAUUAAUUUUCUUCAGUCAAUAAUAAGUGUUUUAACAUUUAAUAUGUUUCUGGAACCAAACUAUUAUGCCUAAUAAUUUUGCUUAUCAUACCUGACAAAGCUUUUAUUAAUUAUCCUUUCAGCUGUCAACUUAGCCUGAAUGGACUAAAAGGGCAAAUUAUUAGACUACUAACAGAAUAAAAAUGAGAAAAAAAAGAUUAAAGCAUGGCUUAGCAAAAUAAGGCAAAAGGAAAGAGCGUUAAAUCUAUGCAUACAGAUCAGAGAAGUCUUGCUAAUAUUACUGUUUAAGGUAUCAGUUUUUGUAAAAGGGAAGGAAGUUAACCACUAUGAGAGAAACCAUGUUUUAGUCGUAAGGUGAACAGAAUAAAUGGUUGAAAUGGAUGAAACUAUAUAUGGAGAAGUAAAUGAAAUUACAAUAUUGUCAUGUUUAUGCUUCACAUCUAACUCAUUAAAUUAAGAUUUUCUUAUA